UUUUUUUAUUUUUUAUUUUUUCUGAACAUUGCAAUUUCCAGCGAUUCCAAUACAGUUUGUGAAUUUAUUGUGCAUUCAAAAUGGAUUUUUUGAAAAUUUCCAAAUUUGACAUGGUCAGAGCUUUCUACUUUGAAAGUGAGGAUCACUUAUUGCCUCUCUCAGAUCAACUGAAAAUUGUUUAUUCUAUUUCUGACCUUGCAAUGUGUGAAAGAAUUUCUACAACUUGAUUUAUUUGUUUCUUAUAUCAAAUUUACAUUGAUUUAUUCUUGGAAGGUCAUUGAUCUUGUUAUGCAUUGUCGUGGAUUACAAGUUGUGAUGUGUCAAUGUUGGCUUGAGUUCUCUUUUCAAUAUAUUUUACAGGAAUCUGUGGAUUUGAUUUUCUUUUUGUGAAGUUUAUUCUACAAAGUGUGGCCUUUUUUAACUCAUUGUUACUGAAGUUGAGAUUUUGAUCAUGCUUUAUGCUUAUGUUCUUGGUUUGUGUAGGGGUCAAUUUGAAGUAUGUUAGCAGAGAUGGAAAUGAUCUAAGUGGUUCAAGUAGUAAGGUUUCAGAAACAUCCGUGCCUAUGACUCCUCAAACAGAAGGUGAGAUCGUGCAGUCGUCCAAUGUGAAGAGCUUUUCAUUUUCCAAACUUAAAAGUGCCACCAGAAAAUUCUGCCCUGACAGUGUGUUGGGAGAAGGUGGCUUCGGUUUAGUUUUCAAGGGUUGGAUUGAUGAGCAUACAUUUGCUGCAACAAAAUCUGGCACUGGCGUGGUUAUCGUUGUGAAGAGGAUCAACCAGGAAGGUUACCAGGGUCACAAGGAAUGGUUGGGAAUCUUUUGGAGAAUUGAAUUCCAUCGUGGGGAGCAAAAGCUAAUGAUUCCUUUUUGCCCAAGUACCCCACUGGAGUGGGUGUAGAAGAACGAGCUCGGAUUGCUGAGGCAAGGUCGAUAGUUGCCGAGCUAAGGUAUUGGAAGUGCUUGAUCACGCCCUAACUGCUACUCAAAUCAGGUCUUGAUUUGUUUUUGACUAGUAUAUCUUUCUAGGGGUUCAACUGUAGGUUUCUUUUUCGCUUAUGUGUUUGCUGACCUUUAUUUCUUGUCGUGUCGAGAUGCCUGAGUAGAACAAGUCUAAGUAGAGGGCUUCGUCUGUGGCCGAGCUAGCCUAGAAGAAGCUGAGGCACAUUUUAAAGAAGAAGGCGGUGGCUGACUC